UGAGUGUGCGGUGAAUCGAAAGUAGGUGUAUCGAGCAGUGCCCGAUGCUCAACCGUACGGUUAGCGCACCGAAUAAAAACCAGCUAAGCCGCCGGUUUGAGAUUCCUCUCUCUCUCUCUCUCUCUCUGUCUCUGAAGCUGGAAGCCUGGAAGGCGAACGCCGAAUGGAGCUGGUUUUCGCCGUCCCCCAACCCCACCACCACCAGCCCAACGGCGCCGUCACCGGCCCCAACGAAACCCCGACGCCGUUAACCGACCUCGCCUCCGCCCUCAACCAAGCCGCCAAGGUCCUCUCCACCUCCUCCGACGCCGCUGCCGCUGCAUCCCUCCGGAACGCGCAUCAGCUGAUCGGCUCCUUCCUCGCCCAGCUCGAUUCCCGGCUUCCCGCUGGCGACGAGGACGAGCCGAUGUUCGAUCGGCGGGAGGGGGAGGAGGAAGGGGACGGCGGCGAUGGGUCGCGCAUCAUCGACGAGAUGGAGGAAGGGGUGAGAGAGCUCGUCCUCCCGAGCAAGCGGAGGAAGCGUCAGGUGUCCCCCUCGUGGUCCCUCGGGCGGGAUGCCGAUCAGGGGGAGGAGCUCUCGUCCGUGCAUCCCAUGGACCGCCGGCGAUCGUCGAUGGAUCUCGUCUUCCAGUUCCAUGCGUGAGCUAUGGAGAAAUGCUCUCCUGAAGGUGAUUGCUCAAUUUAAGGGACAAUUGUGGGUGAUCAUCUGUUCUUGAAGUUCCAUUGGAAUGCACUCUGACCUAUGUUAAGCAACAAAGUUCUUCCGAGCUACACACUCUGCAGCUCUCGAGCUCUUCUUAUACCCAAGAAUUGCAUGUUUUAAGUAACAAGUUUUUCUGACUUUACAUAAAUUAAGUUCUUUAGCUUUUCUUAUACCAGGAGGAAACAAAUUAUUAUAUGCGCAUGCAUGUUUCAAGUGUUUUGAACUAAUUAGAGUCGUGUAUACCUGAAACAGAAACUUGGUUGCCCUUGACUGUUGUAUAGUUCAUAAUGUAUAUUUGGUUUAUACUGACUGAUUUAUAGCUCAA